UGCCCGAAGAAAAUGGCCUCCAUUCGGCCUUCUGUGCCAGAUUCUAGUAAUAAUGGCACACAAAAGACCGAAAUGGACCCCAAACUUGUCGAAUUGAUGGAUCGACUGAAGGCUAAGGCUGUUCAGUUGAAAUCAUGGACAGAGACAACCAAGGUCGUCCGUAUGGCUAUGUCGGACAAGAGACACCUGUCAGAAGUUGUUGACAAAGUUUAUUUACAAAAAUGUUUGGACCACCUUCAGAAAGCGAUGAAAGUGACCACACAAUCUUCCAUUGUCGAGAAGCUCAACUCGAUUGCCCGAUCAACGGGCUUGAAGUUCACGGCCGUAUCGAGUGGGACGGAUUGUUAUAUCAGCACCGAAUCGUUUUACGUUGAGAUUAAGAUGGAGACGAAUGGAAAGAUUAAAGAAGUGAAUGUUUCUCAUGGGAAUGAAAGCAAGGCCUGUCCAGAGCUGGUCAAAGUUUUGAAAGAAGGCAACUUUGAUGAAUUCACCGAACAUCUCGAAGGAUUGGGGGCAAUUUACAAGAUUGGAGGAGACAAGAAGCAGAAGACAAAAUCCUAUGUUGCCCUGCAGUCCUUGGAAACUGAUCUGAACCAGCUGUCACAACUACAGAAUUCCAUAAGUGGUGUAUCCAAUUAUAUCCAUAAGUCUCCGUUGGGAAUUGUUCAACCACGAGUCGGAGGUCUUCCGAUGAAGCUCAUCUAUUUCGUUGCUCCGUACAACCUGCUGAACCCAAAAACCAAGACGUCAUACCCGAUGACUGUCGAAGCGAUUCUUGACAACAAACUGGGACAUUCUGUGACCGUCGGCAUCGAAAGUUCAUUCGGGCAUCGCUUGCAGACGAUGCGUCUUAUGACUAUCAGUAAAACAGCCGACGGAAAAAAUCUACCCUCCUUCCCUCAGCUGAGCACCCAGAACAGUAGUAUGCUGUGUGCCUGUUUUGUGCUGAAUCUCCAGACGCCCAUCCCGGUCUCGCUGUCCAUUCUUCAGCGGAUACAGCAAGUUACUGGUAUUGAGUUCAUCGAAGGAGCCAUAAUGCAGCCCAUCGUGUCGUUGAUUGCUGAUGACAUGAGUAAGGGAAAAAUGAAGUAUGAUCAAGAAAAAGGCCUGAGGGUGACUCUCAAGGACCAAGACCACGUCUACCACCUGAGUGAGCCCGGUGACACCAACCACAUGGUCGGCAUGAUGAUCUCAAAGAUCCAGUUCACGCAUCCCACACACGUGCCAAAGAUCCUGAUCUAUCUCCGCCAGCAGCUGGUCUUCAACACGUUCAUCACGAGCUGCAUCCGACCGCACGCCAGGCAGGAUGUGGAGAACGCCAUGGUGUUCGAGGUGAUGCCUGUAUCGCUGCAUCACAUCUCGGUAGCCUUUGAACAUCCCGUCUUGGACUCCAUGGCUUCUGUUGAGUUUGACCUGAAUGACAUGACUAACGUGAAGGCCAAGUUAAUGGCACUGUCUUCGGAUAACCCAAUCUGCCAAGAUGAGUUCAUCUGCAAGGUCAUUCAAAGGUGUCUCUCCAUCCCAGUCACCAUGCGCAUGAUCAUGACCAAGGCCCGAGCGCAGCUAGAAUCCGAGACGCAAGCAGCUGAAGCUAAUGCCAUGUUGAACAGACCACCAAUGCCCACACCUACCCCUUUAGAGAGGAGAUUUAGUUUCCCCGAUGGUACUGGGUUUCCGCCCCUGCAGCGACAAAUGAGCUACCCCCAGGGAGUGGGCCCGCUGCAGUCGAUGCCCAUACCGAAUUUCCCACACGAGUCGUCUAUGAUGCAGAUGGGGCAGGCCGGUUUCAACGUCACGCCGACGAAUUUGAGUUCAUUCGAUUAUGAGUCGUAUACCGGUAGUCUUGAUGGACAGGUACCGCAGAAGGAGGUUCUCGAGUCGAUACGGGCCGAGAAGGUCGCCAAGAAUCCAAUGUUGGCGAGUCUCCUGGAUCAGGAUAACGACAGCCCCGAAACUCAAGCGACGCUGCUCCCGAAUCUACUCGCUGAUAAUCCUCACAAUCAGCAGCCUCUGGUGCCAAAGCCUCGGAAGCCAAGGAAAAGAAAGGCCACGUCGGACGCACGGAGUCCCGGCAGCUCUAGUGGGAAAAGUCCCAAGCGGAAAUUCAGCGAGGAGGAGUUUUCUGGUUAUAGCCGUCAGAUGAGUUCGGAUCUGCCGUCACUGCCCAUGAUCGGAUCGGUCGAGUCGAAUGACCUGUUUGAACUUCCGAUGCACGAUAUGCAGCAGAUGAGAGCAAGCGUGAGCCAGUUGUCCACACCCACGACACCUAUUGACCAGCCGUCGUACCACACGGAAUCACAUGUCACGAAACUGGCGUCGUCUCUUGAUAACAUAAUUAAACAGGAGACAAAAAACUUGCCAAGCUGCCAGCAGGGGGAGCUGGCAGCUUUGUUGAGUGAUAACACAGAGGAAGAAAAGCCUCUGAAAAAGUCGUCGGAAGUUUCCCACCCCCCUAAGGUCUUAGAUACUCCGGCAGUAGUCGCCAGCACCUCUGGUGCUGAGUCUACAUCUACUAUAAACAUUGCGGACAUUCAGGCAAAAAACGACCCGCUCGGACAAACACUUGACGACAUCAUCAAUAAUGUCGCAAGUGGCACGACACCGUUGGAUCCCGAGAUAUUCACCAACAAGGAAGGAAUGGUCUACAUCGGAGGGCAGUUGGUCGGCCCAGAGGGCGCUUUGAGGCCUGCUACAAUGACCGCCGACGAAACAAAAGGAAUUGUCCGCCAAGCUUCGUUGCCUUCGCAGGACUUUGAUACAGAUCCGUUGGAAUUCAACACCGAAUUGUUAAACACGGAAGGAACGUUUCCAGAAACAUUGAAUGAGAAUUCCGAGGAGAUGGACUUGGAAGCUUGCGAUGCGAACGCAUUUGGCGUCACCUUGAACCCAGCUGUUGUGGCAUCUAAACUCACUGCCUCCGGGUCGACGCCCCCGACUCUAACAAGCCAAUCUACCCCAACAACUGUUGCCACGGUAACAAGCACUGCCAGUGCGCCACCUGUCGCCACGUUGACAACCACGGCAUCUGUCGCGCUGGCGACAAAUACUGAGGUCAGAGUCAUUUCUCCGCAGGUUGAAAAGAAACCUGAGAAAGAAAAGAAAGAGUAUAAAGAAAAGGAGAAAGUUAAGGAGAAAAAGGAUGGUACUUCUAAGGAUGAGAAAUCGAAAAAAAGUGUGCCAAAACCUCUUCUAACAGUCAAAAUUGGCUCCGAAACUACUCAUACGCCUUCUCCGCAAGAGGUACUUGAUUUGUCAACAUGCACAAAGGAACAAAAAGUUGUAAAGUCAAAACUGACGAAGCAGGCUGCUGUGGAUAGCGAUGAGGAUCACGAUCGUCCCACUUACACGAGUGCCAGCACGGGAAGCGGGAAUUCAAUUGUAAUAUCGACAAAGUCUUCCCCGGCGCUUUCCUCGAGUGGUUCCUCCUCUGUUUCGGCGUCUGCCAAGAUCAUCUCAUCAAAAGAUAACCUACUCAAGAUGUCUGUUAAGAAAGACAAGUUGAAGCGGCCGAAAGAUUUGAAGGAGGAGGAUUUGAAACACAGGAAGGACGGGUCGAAAAAGGAUAAAUAUUCAAAGAAACGAAAGCUUGACGAGACUGGGAAAAUGUCUGAUUCUACGUAUCAGGUUAAGAAUUCGUCGAGUUCAAAGUCUAAAUUGGAGCAUAAACCGUCAACGAAGAUUAAAAUAACUACGACGGGUGGUCGGAUGCAUGUUCAACCGGCUAACAAGACGCCCCCAGCAACUGAUGCGGCGUCUAAACCGAAGAGUAUGGUUCCGCAGAAAACGAGUCCGUCUCUGAAACCGGUCAAGUCCGGUGAGAAGAAUCCGCCACUUCAGCUCAAGAUUCCUUCAAGUAAGAUCUCAUCGCACGGCAGCUCCACCAAAGUCACCAAGAAAUACACAACCGCACAAAACAUAACCGUCAGUAAGGGAGAUUCGAAACUAAUGAACAAAACCCCCACUAUCAAACUGAAACCAUUGCGUAUACCAUCGUCGGCGUCGAAUUCCACGUUCACCGUAUCCACGAAGAGUGCGACACCGACAACAUCGACGACAACAAAAUCGUCACCGGGACUACAGAAGACGCUGUCAACUUCGUCGAAAUUUUACGGUCAAAAGACGCCAAACACACCGCCGUUGUCAAAGAUUUCGUCGUCAGUUUCACCGGUUACCAAGUAUGUUACGUCGUCUAGCACCACGUCAGCCAAGCCUUCCACCCCAGUAACCCCGACUACCCCCACAUCCAGCACCCCCGGCACCCCUACACAGGCCGCGUCAUCUGGCACGCCACCUAUUGGAUCACUUGGCAAGGGGAAGUCGCCGAUGAGGUCGAGGUCUUUGUCUGCUGUCAUAGACAAGUUGACCAAGACACAGUCGCAGACAUCAAUAUCGGUCCCGGGUUCGGACUUGCCUAAUACUAGUAAAAGUUCGGAGAAAAAGGAAGGCACAUCAGUCAAAUCAAGUGUCAAACGAGAUGAUGAUAAAAGUAAAUCAGAUUCGCAUCGUGAAAGUUCUAGUUCUCAAAAGGAGCGAUUAAAACCAAAUAUUUUAUCUAAAUCUUUCAGUACUAAUCCAUUGAAACGUCCAGAAACGGCGAAACUGGACAUAUCUAAGUUGCCAAAGAUUCCCAAGCUCGACCCAAGUAAGAAAAAGGACUUAACGCCCACGACGACAAAGUCUGUGUUGCCAGUGCCGCCAAAGCCUAGUACUCUGUCGUCGUCUGGUGUCGGGGGCAAUAACAGUUCCGGAGGACCCAAGAAGUCUCAUGGCAUCGCCGACAUAAUGGCUUCGAAUCCGAGCGACAAGCAAAAGACUGAAACUUUCCAUAAUGCAGAGAAACCCAGAACGAAUUUUGAUCAAGUGAAGAAGGUCCCUACAGUGCCGAGUCAGAAACCUUCAAUAACUUUGAGCUCAAGUUCCGACCAGUGCUCGGAUAGUAAACCGUCAGAUCCACGUUUAGUUGAUCCGCGGUUAGCAAUGCCCUAUCUCAAGCCUAAAGAGAAAGAGUCGCCACCACAGCCAGAGCCGGUCAGUUCUAAAAAUACUCCAAAGGAGGAACCAAAAGAGCCGGAAAAAGUUAUUGAGAAGGCUGCACCGUCGGGACGUAGUACGCCGGAAAGUCGAACUCAAGGCCGCAAUACGCCUGAUGGCCGCCGUACGCCGGAUAACAACCUGAAGGAUAAAAUUGUGAAAGACAAUAACAAUAAGACACCGGUGCCACCUAUUAUCGAGAAGGAAGUGAUUACGGAUUUAGAAACUACUGCAAAGCAGAUAUUCGGUGAAAAAUCGGAAUAUUUCAAACAACCGCCUCCGAAAAGUAAUAAGAGCGUUGUCGAACCUAAACCGCGGGUCGAGCGGACUGGGCCUGUGCAGAGUCCGCGGAGCGCACCGAGCAGUCCCGAGGAUAGCCUCUUUAUCGAUUGCCCCACUACACCAGGAUCACGAGACACAGGGCGAUCGCCUGUCCCGAGUGCUGUGGCCCCGGCGGUCUCUGGGACAAAGUCGCCGGCGGUUCCUUUAGAAAAGCGGUACUCUCCUGUCCCGCCCAAGUCGCCGGCAUCACACGAUUCUCCGUUGGUGAAGAAGUCGCAGCUGACGCCGUCGCCCAUGGCGAUGUCGCCCAAAGUGAUGAAGCCAAUUACGAGUCCGAUAUCGAACCCGUCACCGUGUAUGAUCGACGAUGACCUCAUGGACGAGGCAGUUAUGGGCCUAGGAGAUUAACCCCUUGCCGAUGUACGCCGUGCCUACUGUAGAGUUAAAGGCGUUAAUUCCCAUUGAAAACUGGCGAUACAGUGCAGACUCUUCUCACGACGUGGCGAUACAAUACCGCGCAACGUUAAAGGCUAAAAAUAAGGAGUCCCUGGUUCAAGGAUUUGAUAGUUCUCUGUCGUUGUUGGUGAUCUCACCAGUACCGCAAGGGUGGGGUAAAAUGUAGACCAACAUUUUAAUUCCACCCGAGCGGUUUUUGUGAGACCAUCAAUACCGACAGUGAGGUAUCAGUUUCUAUUCUAAAACAUCUCAAAUUAGAUAACAAAUAAUGUGGUUUUAAAUGCUUUUUGACUGCUUCCAUUUUUUGCAUCAACCCAAGCGAUUAUGAUUGCCUAUCCAUAACCGCUGUAUUCAAAACAAGGCACUAUACAUGCUUCCCGAAAUUGGUGGCUUGCAUUGGAAAUAACUUUUUCCCCCUUGUCGGUCAUUAAAGGCAUUCAAGUGUGUUGGUCAACCAUGACUAUCUCCUUUGUCCCUCCACCAUAAAGCCUAGUUUCCCCUUAUGACGUCACUAUUUCGGACACUCGGCGCCCCAUUUCUGGAAAGGUUUAUAAGGGCAUAGUGCAUUAACUCUGUAAACUGUGGUUCGUUUUAAUCGAGAUGUUUUAGAAUUCCAAAUUUUACUCCUCUGGUGUCCUUCGUUGUGUAAUCAAGUCCUAUGUGGCCAAAAAAGGUUUCGUUCAUACCAGGUAGUUUCAUUGAAAAGAUGGAUAACCUGGGCAUUUUAGAAUGUCAGAUUUGUUUGUCACUUAUUGUGAAAAAACCGACAUCUCCAUUUUUUUCAAUUUUAGAAAAUGCAUUUUGAGGCGCUGUUAAAGGGAAUGCAUUAGGAAUUUUGUGAAUUCUGUGAAGAGCCAGGAAUUUUAGUUCCUUGAAAAGUUUCCAACCUUCCACGCUGGUUCAUCCAGAAAUACAAUCCUGGGUUCUCCCCGGGAUCGAAACCCGGGCCCUUUUGCGUUGUAGCCAGUGGUGUUGACCGCUAUGCUAUGGUGCUCCACCUGUGAAUGAAUAAAUUUCAGGAUGUGUCACAUUCCAAAAUGAUCUGAGAUUAGAUUUUAAGAAGUGUAUCCGUGUUCUUAUUUCUAUUCUAUAUCCUAGCUCUUCAAACUUUCUAAAUGUGAUAAUGAUGUUGUUACGUGUUGUAAGGUCUUCAUGCUGUCAGCUGUUGGAAAAAGAAGUUGUUAGCAACUAACAUUCUCUUGUGUUUAAGACAUUAAGAUCCAGUAUUUUAAUGAAAUAUUUUGUUUCUGUGUUUCAAAAUUCCGACAGUCAAAUAGCUAAACAGGCAUAAAGUGUCCAUGCAUGGAUCAUUGAUGAGCCAUGGAUGGAUCUGUGAUGAUUGCCACGAACCACAUUUUACACACGGAUCCCAUCAUGGAUUCUAUGAUGGCCCAUCAUGGUAGAUCCACUGAUGGGCCACGGACGUUCCAUUGAUGGGAAUUCCAUCAUAGGCCCAGUGACGACGGGUCCCAUAAGAAUAAACGUGAGCAGCAAAGCACAAACCCAAUGGAUGGAACAUUUAUGAUUAAUGCCAAUCAUAGAUCAUGGAUGGACACUUUUGCCUGUGUUCUUGCCACUGUUGACAGUGGUACUCUUGUUACACAGCAAUGGUGUGCACAUCUGUGUUUGGUUCUGGCCACCAGAUGGUAAUAAUUCUUGUCAACAUAGUAGGCCGCACAGACAUUCAAAGUUGGUUCUCUCCAUUCAAUUUGACCUCUCUAAUCAGGACACCUCUCUAUCAAGGACAGCACUGGUCAGUACCGAGGGUGUCCUUAAUUGAGUUGUUCUACUGUACUGGUUUUACUGCAGACAGGCAAUCUUUUUAUCGCUCAUCACAGCGAUUAUUGUCAGAGGUCGCAGCGACUAAAAUUUUCAUUUUCGAGACACUUUAGUGAUUCAAUUGAAGCUGCAUUAGAAAAUUUUCAUAGAAAUUAUACCAUCGCUUUUUAUACACUUCUAGAUGUAUCACAGUGCUGUCUCCUCUGCAGGAACUCUUGCUGUAAACUUUUAUUAGCAUUUAUCAUCAGUACCUCAAAGAUCUCUGUGAAAUCACUUUGGCUACUUUUGAAAUUUGUAAAAAAUCGUGAUGUCCAGAUAUCUGUUAUCAAUUGAUGACCGCUUUCAUCGUUAAAUGUGAUGUGUUAACAUCUUGAGAAAUACAAACCAUCAA